GCAGCAACUGGGGGUCCUUCUUCGGGCCUCAGAAGGUCGCGAUCGCCAAGACGGUGGUUGACGCGGAGAGGAUUCGCCGAGAGGCGCAAGCCAUGGCCGCUCGCGAGGCACAGCGGAAGACAGAGGAGGCGGAGAAGGCGCGGAGUGGCAGCAAGGCCAGCGCGGCAGGGAGGCCUGGAGCGGCGAAGAAGGCGCCAGAGGCGGCCUACCGGGAGGACAGGAGGGCGUUUAUGGCCGAGGAGGAGGCAAAGCGCAAACGACUUAAGGAAAACCGGGACUUCUCCUUCCUCUUUUCAGCCGACCCCAAGCAGAAACCGCCUCAGCAGCAGCAGCAGCAGCGUAUACCACCCUCUCGGGGCCAGACCACCCCUCCUAGACCGCAUACAGCGCCUCCUAGAUCACUAAGCACACCCCCGCUUGCUAAGGACCGCUUUAAGGACCAGCCACGUCAGCAGCUGCCUUCCAGCCAAUCACAUGCUGCCAAGUCCGCCAAGCCUCUGCCAGGCCGCACCCCGCCGCCAGGCCAGCAGGCUCGGCGGCCCAUGCCUGCUACCGGAUCUGACGGCCAGGUUCGGCGGCCCGUGGCUACCUCCGGACCAGAUGGGAGGGGUCGGAUGGAGGGAGGUGGGAGGAGGGUGGAGGAGGCUCGGGACGUGGAGGGACGGUGGGAUGAGAGGGAUAGAGGGAGGGAGAGGGACAGGGGGGGGGAGUUGGAGAGGGAAAGAGACAGGGAUAGGGCGAAGGAUGGUGGAAUGGGGAGGCCGAGACACGAGAGCCAUGUGCAUGGGAGCGGGCAGCAUGGGAGCUGGCACCACCACUCUUAUAAAGACGGGCACAACGACAGACACAACGGAGCGCAGAAAGACGCUUACAGGGACGGGCACAGGGACAAGGAUGGGCAAAGGGACCCGUACAGGGAUGCCAGGGAUGGGCUGAAGGACAGAAACGCGGCGAAGGAUAGGGAUGCGCAUAGGGACAGGGACAGGGACAGGGGUGGCAUGCAGAGGGACGGGGAGGGGCACAGGGGCAGCAUCAGCCACAGCGGGAGCAGAGCCCAGGAGCAACGUCCCUUGAGUAUACCGGCUGGCCCUGGUGUGGGGAAUGGGGGGAGAGGGGCGGUGAGGCCUGGAGAGGGUAGAGGGGCGGCAGGAGGGGGAGGAGUGGGAGGGAGAGGAGGCGGGGGCGGAGGAGGAGGGGGGAAUGUUAGGAUAGGGGACAUUGUGAGGAGGGAUGGGGAUGACAGGAGAUUGGAGGGCAGGGAUAGGGGAGAGAGAGGGGUGCAUGGAGCGCAUGGCAUGGGUGGACGAGGAGGGGGCUAUGACGAUCGGCCGAUCAAGAAGCCUCCACCUGGCUCCGCUCCUCCCCACCGCUCCCAACCCCCUCCUCCUUCCAGCAAACCUCUUGGCUCUGCUCCGGCCAGACCUGCUACCGGCAUGGCUCGGCCCAAGCCAGGGAUGGAGGUUCGGAGAGACCCGGGCCGAAUGGGAGCACAGAGAGAAGCAGAUAGGGCCCCCCCUAGGAGAGAUGGAGAUAGGAUGGGGGGGAGGGGAGGGGGCGAGAGGAUGGGGGGAAGGGGAGGGGGUGAGAGGAUGGUGGGGAGGGGAGCAGGGGAUAGGGGUUCGGGUAGAGGGUUACCAGUGAAGAGGAGGAGAGAGGAGGAGGAGGAUGAGGAGGAUUCGUUUGUGGUGGGGAGUGAUGAGGAGGAGGAGGAGUAUGGGCGGAGGGGAGGGAGAGGAGGCGGAUUGCUAGGGAGCUCGAUCCUCAGCAUGUUCCGGCGCAACCACCGCGAGAACCACAUGGGGCCGGCUUAUGACAGCGAUGACGAUGACAACAUGGAGGUCGGGUUCAGCCAGUUGAUGGCGGAGGAAAGGAGAAGCGCUCUGAUCGCCCGGAAGGAGGACGAGAGAGAGGCGGAGCUGCUUGCAAGGGAGGAGGAGGAGAGGGCGAGGAGAAAGAAGGCCAAGAAAAUGGGCAAGAGUUAAGCUGAAAGAGGGGGUUGAAAGAGGGUCUUUGGUGACGUUUGCAACUUGAGUUCAUUUGAGUGGUACCUACACUACAUCGUUGAGUGACGGGUAAAGGAAGAGGAAGGGAAGGGAGCAAGAAAGGGGAAAGGGGAAGGGGAGUACUGGAUAGGGAAUAGAAGGGAAGGAAGAGGAGAGGAAGCGGAAGAAAGGGGCAAAAAGGUUUGCAAGCAUUGAAGUGGCAUGAAUCAUGAUCUGCCAUGUGGCUUGAAUCAGGAUCUGAUUCUGUCACAGCCGUGUCAAGUCGAGUCGCUACGAUCUCGCAUUUUUAUUUCUCACUUGUGGCACCUGGUUGCGGUGGAAGGAUCCGGGUCCUGGAAUGGCAGCCUGAUAGACUUCUGGUAUCCAAUUGCCACCUGAUACGACAUCUGAAGCCUGUCAUCUUAGAAGCAAUGUGCAGUAAACUGCAGAGAUGAAUGUGAUUAUUCCUCACUUCAACCCAACAUUCAAGCAUCAGUAUGCCUCACUUCAGUGCUGUGCUGCAACCGAGGUGUACACUUAGGUUG